AGCAGUUGCAUGUUCCGUGGUAACCUAAAAGGUAGCAGCCGAGGGUCUAGCACUAGUGCUACUUCAUUAAUAUUUUGCAGGCCGACUUUGCGCAUGAGCACGCGUGACUUCAUGAUGCUUGUGACGCGUUUGCGACGACCGAUCGCUGUCGUUUUCCGUUCACUUUGUGCCGCAAGACUGUCAAGCUUCCAGCCAAUGCAAGACGUACGACUGUCCGAUCAGCAGGUUGAAUUCUACAGAGAAAACGGCUACGUGAUCGUCGAAGACAUCCUGACCGAUGACCAAUUAGAAGUCUGGAGAGAAACCAUAGACGAAGCAGUUGCAGAACGUGGAAACGAUUGGACUCUACCUCAGAAAGGGCAGGCAGACGUAACAAACGUUGAAUUGGAAUACUACACCCAAGUGUUUACCCAGAGGAUCAACUUGUGGCAAAGUAACAGCAAAGCUCACAGCCUUGUUUUCAAAGCAGCCAAGGUGUUUGCACGAUUAGCAUGCCAACUGGAGGGCAUCAAGAAGAUGCGGAUAUGGCAUGAUCAGGCAUUGUACAAAGAACCGUGGGCAAACCCAACAAGUUGGCAUGUCGACAUACCCUAUUGGAGUUUUGAUUCCACUCACGCCAUCAGUGUGUGGAUUGCAUUGGAUGACGCAACUGAAAAGAAUGGUUGUAUGUAUUUCUUACCUGGCACUCAUAAAAUCAUCAAGAAUGGCUAUGAAAAGAAAGGUGAAUUUACUGAAAUCAAGAUCGGAAAGAAUAUGGCCGAUAUCUUCAAGGCAUUUCCAGAAGUAAAGUCUGCCCAUUCCGUGGCUGUCCCCAUGAGAUCAGGAAGCUGCUCGUUUCAUUCGGCAAUGCUCAUUCAUGGAGCAGGGACGAACAUGACAGCUGGGAGGCGAAGAGCAAUGACAGUACAAAUGAUGCCCGACGGCUCAAAAUUCAAUGGCAAACAGAAUAUUUUGACCAACAAACAGUUCGAGAGUUUGAAUAUUGGUGACGUACUAAACAGUGAAGACCAGAAUCCCCUUCUCUACGAUACAACAAGUACCACGUGACCACAGUUUGUAUUUUUCAAUUUUGUUUUUUGUAUCUGGGAUAAACAUUGCUGAAUUAAGUUGACAGGGAUGACUCUUAGCAUAGGUGUGAAGGGUACCUCUCUACCCUUCCUGCUCAGUUUUCACAAGAAAUUGGAUCAUGUCACAUGUUUUAGUCUUAUAAAAAUCUAUCAAGUGUGUAUAGCCAUCUUGCUAUCUGA